AUGGGGGCAACAGGACGGCUGCAGAAGACCGGCACCCUUCACCGGCACCCUUCCAAGGUUCUUCGCCACAGUGCCGCGAGACUGGCAGGACAUGGUCGAAGCGCAUACCUUCUCGCGAAUCAAGCUUACGACAGAGCGCGUUGCCAAAUUCGGGUCGAUGACUCGGCGGGACCGGGCCAAUAUCCUGUACCAGGCCAUGGGCGACGCGCAACAGAGCCCUCUUCGCUUCGACAUCAUGCCCACGAUCUGUCUGCGGCCCUCAGCGAGUGGGAGCCGAAGGGCAACCUGGUGCUCGACUACGGUGCACGUCCACUCGCCCAGUCGCAGCGUGCUGCUCAACCAACAUCGUUUGGGGGGGAGGCCGCAUGGCGUCUGGCGGAGAUGCCUGGUGUCUGGCAGUCGACAUGUCAAGGAGGAAGAAAAGGGGAGAUGUAA